AUGACGACGUCGACAACGCUGCUCCGUGGUGUGGCGUGCACCUACGAGACGUUCCCGUCCUACCAUGUCCUGAGCUUGCUGGUGAACAACGAAGAUGGUAUCCCCAUCUUCCAGCCGACGUUAGUUGAAAACGAAGUCUACCGCUUUCUGCGAGCCUUGCAUAUCCUUCCAACCGUGCCGAAACAAGCAACGACGACGUCGAUCUCCCAAGCGCACCUUGUGGGGCAGUAUAUCAAUGACGGGGUUUCAACAGCGGGAAUGUCGAUGGACGUGAUGGCCUACUUUGGGAAGCAAGCGGCAGUGCAGCACCAGUUGACGUUGGAUGGAUGGUGGGCCAUGAACCUGUCGAAGCACAUUGACAAGGACGAGGAAGGAGUGUAUGUGGUGGUUCAAGGCUCAAAGGACGACGCGGGUGGAAUGCGGGUGGUACUGUUUGCGUGGUUGAAGGAAGAAUCGUUUGAACCGAUGUUUUUGCGAGAGCGGGCGACGUAUGUGCUGCGAUUUUUGACGACGUUGACGUCAAAUGUGGUGGGGUGUCUGACAGAACGAGACGUGGUCCAGGCCAAGCUGGCUUUGUGCGCUGGGGAAGCAGGCUGCGUUGGCUCGGCAAGCAAGAAGUAUUCCGUGUCGUUUUCCAUCCAAACAGCCAAAGUGGUAGAGGAAAAGGUGGAAUGCCGCGCCAAGUACACUGCUGGAUGGGGCGAAGCGUUUGAAACGGCCACAUUGAUCCCAAGCCAAGUAGAGGUGUCGUUGGUGGUGGUCAAGUCCGACCGCAGUAUUGCCACGAAGCACAACCAUCGGCAGAUGAAAUCACACGAAGACUUUGCCGCGUGGUUGAAGGAGCGCCUGAAUACCCAUGUUGUGACGUUGGACUGUCCAGUGCCGCGGAAUUGGAUGGCGAGCGCUUUGAAAGUGCACGGACUCUUCCCAGAAGAAGCCGUGAACGGCGUGACGCCGGGAAUGAUUGAAGACGCUGUCGUGGUGGAGGCGGAGGGCAAAGUCAUUUCCGAACUGACGAUGAUGCGAAAGCGAUGUGAAGAAAAUGCGGCCAUUGUGUUUCACGUCAAGCUCGAAGGAUCUGCGCAAGAAAUGGCGGCAAACGAAGCCUUGGAAAAAGACCUGGCGAUGUUGAAAGGCUGGUACUUGGCAUUGGGUCGCUGGCCCCCGGGAAACCUGCUCAACUAUGGAGAUCGAAUCCACGCGUACGUGAACACGGAAUAUGUGAAUGUUUUGAGCCAAAGUCAGGCGCCAAAGGACCUGUGGUGGAGUUCACGGUUGUGGAGUGUAUUUGUUGGACGGUCCCAGCGCUUGAGCUUCCCCUACCAAUCCGAUGAUGCCACGGCAGUUCAAACUUUGCAGAACGUGUUGGAACUUGCCACUCGAUGGCAUCGCGAUUGGUGCCGCAUGUUGCAUAUGGCUACGACCGACAUGGAAAUGUUUCGAUUCCUCGUCGCGCAGGAACGAGCUGAAAAAAUGAAAAAGAUGGACACGAACGCCCUGAUCAAGAACCACAAGAGCGAAAUCAUUCACGACGCUUUCAGAUCCAUGGUGGAAGACAAGAAUGGAAGCCAAAGCAGUCGGCUCGAGCUUGUGGUUUGCCGUUCCCACCAGGACAAGAUCUGGUAUGAGGAGCAAUGCGUGCAAGACAAGGCAGAACUUGUGCGGCUGUACGAGUGUACUGAGCACGCGCCGAAACCGAAGGGGUCCAUCACGCUACCAGUGCACUCGAAACUGGUGUUUGUGUGCCGCGUGGACGACAUGACGGUACUGGUGUACACCCGAGCGGGCACUGGCACGACGGAAACCCAUGUUGACGCGUAUAAAAAGUCGAACUUUUCCAAGCCAGUGCUCGUUCGAACAUUUCCCAAGGAAGCGCUGCAUUGCGACUUUGAUGCUGGCCAUCGUAUCCUGGUCAUUCUCCAUUCCAACACGGUGGUGGAUGUGUAUGCGUUCAACGAGUCGUACAAGGUGCUGGAGCGCGUGUCGUCGUUUAACUUGGCGCUGUUGCGGUUGGAGAGUCCGUACAGUUGUUUGAUUGCGUUUGGCGGCGACAACAACGGCGUGACUGUCGUGGAUCACCGUGGCUACAUGCAGUCGUACUUUAUCCGGUCGCGCCAAUUUUCCAAGUUGGUGGACCACCUCGUUGUCGUGAACAACACGAAAGUGGUCAAGGUGCAAGGCGGCGCGAUCGUGCUCUUGCUCACCGAGUUGAGCGGCGCUACCGAACACUUGUACCCCGUGCGCGUACAAACGCUUCUCACGGCGGACAACACGAUGCUGCCGGAGACCGUCGUAGAGCUGCCGACGGCGAUGAACUGGCCAGACUGCUCGGUGCAAUGUGUGGGGUCGACAUUGGUCUGCUUUGAUCCGCUGUCCACCAAAGUGCAAACGUGGGAAUUGGACAUUGUCACGGGCAAGACGGCGUGGCAAUUGCAAGGCUCCCAGUCGGCACGCGGGGGCGACAACCCCUUGGAAGCGCAUCCGUUGUGGUCGCUUUUUCACUUGUUUGAGAAGUUUCCUGUGCGCAGCCUCGUGUCGACUGCCUCGCCCGAGAGCCGACUGGUGUCGGGCAACUUGCACCUGUACGUGCCUGGUCUGGCCAACCACCCGGCGAUUUCGAACUUGCUGGUGUCUGUCAUGUUCAAACUUCGCGGUUUGAACAAGGACUUGUCGUCGCUCAAUCUGCCGAGAGACUUGCACUGUCAUGGCACGAGUGCGGUGCCGUGGAGCGGCAGCAGUGUCGUCGUGUCCAAGUGGGUGUUGGAGUUGCUGGGGUUCGUACCCGUUCAGAUCUGUCGCGCCCGGGAGAACCAGUUGGUCGUGCUCUCGAACGGCGAAGACGCCGACAACAUGCAGGCGGCGACCGCCACAGAAGCCCACGAAGUGGCCAAGUCGAUUUGGUUUGGACCGAUUUCGAGUGUGUUGCAGCGGUGGACGGGCCCCGUGGUCGUGUUGACGUCGAUGGGCAAGCAGUCGACGGGGAAGAGCUACUACCUCAACCACCUCACGGGCAGUUCGUUUGCCAUUUCCGGCGCCCGAUGCACCGACGGCGUGUGGCUGACGGCGCGACUGAUGGGCUCGUGCUUGCUGGUGGUGUUGGACUUUGAAGGGUUGGGGUCGUUUGAGCGGUCGGCGCAGGAAGACACGUUUUUGUCGGUGCUGAAUGCCGCCGUGUCGCGGCUGACUGUGUUUCGCAUCGAAAUGCGCUUCGACAAGGACAUUGACGCGAUGUUUUCCAAGUUCCAGCAAGGCGUGUCGUUGCUCAAGGGCGACCCGCGCUUGUUUCAAGGCAAGUUGUACUUGAACGCCAAGGACGUGAACCCGAACGACCAAAACACGGUCAUUUUCGAGUUUCAAUCGAAGCUGGAAGCAAUUUUGAACGAGAACCGCGCCGAGAACUUUGUCACGUCCAUGUAUGGCGGCAACGUUGAAAUCACGUGCUGCCCGCCCUUGGGCAACGUUGGGUACCACGAAGCGCUGCAAGAAGGCUUGGAGCUGCUGGUCAAGGCGCGCGAGUCGGUGUCGUACAGCAGUGGCCUCGACUUUUACGACUGCUUGACGAUGGUGUUGUCGAAGAUUAGUCUGCUGGAUUGGACGUGCAUGGAAGACAACUUAAAGGAACGGCUAGCGAUGGAAGUGCGGGGCCACGUCCGGUCGGCGCUCCGGUACGGCAAGCUGGCCCACUGCAGUCUGGUCGAUGGCGACGCCGCGUCGUACGUGGACAAGUGGCUGACGCUGCUCUCCGACGCGGACAUGCUGCAAGCGUUGCCGGCCGACGACGUGAUGGACUUUCGGUUGGACUUGAAUCUCAAGGCGGAGGAGUUGCUGGGCGAGGCCAAGGCGGUGAUGAUGCACUUCCUGAAGGACUUCCUCGAACACAUUGACAAGUCACGCAGCCCGUCCGUGGAAGGUCAAUUCGACUCGGUGUGGACGUUUUUGCUGUGGCGCCGGGAACGCCGGGUGCGUCUGUGGGUGGCCAGUUUGCCGUCGGUGGGGCGCGAAGAAAUGGACGACUUGGAUGUGUGUGCAGUGAAGCUCAAGCAGCUGCUUCGCCGAUGCCAGCACACGUGCACGGAGUGCAAAUUGGGCUGCUUUGAGUGCUUUUUGCACGACGCGAGUGUCCCCCACGACUGCGGGACCAGCCACAAGUGUGUGGGGCAAUGUUCACACUGCUCGUUGUUGGGCGACGCCGAAGCGUGCUCGUACGUGGCCGGCCAUGCCGGUCUGUGCAACUGCGGGCUGAAAGCGCACACGUGCCACGAAACGUGUGCAUUGGCGGGAGCGGCCAACUGCGACCAAAUGUGCAGCUUGGAAGUGGGCCAUUCACUGGCGCACUCGUGUGGCGUCAUAUUGCACUGCUGUGGACAGCCCUGUGGGGCCCCCAACUGCCGCGGCCAGUGCAUUUUGCCGUUUGAAAACGCCCACGACGUGCACCAGUGCGGCAUGAACCGAUGCCAACAGCGCUGCGUCAUGCCGGACUGCGGGAACACGUGCGCCGAUCCGGAUCAUUUCCAUGCAGACCACGAGAAGCACCUGUGCGGACAAGACCACCGAUGCACGUUUGACUGCACGGAGGAUGGCAUAUGCGAGAUUAAAGUGCACUUGGAGAAGGCCACGGAGACGUUUGCAGGCCAGCGCGGGACGUUUGACUUCUGUCGCCAGGAAAUGAAUGGCUCGAAGCGCAAGUGCAGCGAAAUGAUCGCCGCGUCCGCCACCUCCCACACGGACACUACUUCCCAUCGCUGCGACAGCGCCAUCCACUACUGCGACGUGCGGUGUCCGUGCUGCCAGUACUUCUGCGACAAGGCGUAUGGCCACUCGGAUCUGCACCACACGAGUCAUGGCAACAUGAAGGACACAUACUUUGUGUCGGAUACGGAGGCGGUGGACAUUCAAGACCGCAAGUACACGGCGGGUGAGCAAGGCGUGGCGGAGAUGUGUCCUUUCUUUUGCUCCAAGAUGGGCCGAGGCCACGUGCAUUUUAUGCCAUGUCUGCACAGCGCCAACUCGUGUGUGUACACCUCCACGGACGGUCGCCAGCACUGCACCCUCCAGUUGCAGCCGCAUCCCACGAAACCGAUGGAUGAAGUGUUGCACGAGACGUAUUGGAAGACGUUGGGCUGGGAAGACCCGGUGUCGAGCGCGGCGGAGAAGGCGGCGUUCAAGCUGUGCCCGUACAAGUGUGACGCGUCGGACCACACGGCGGACGCGCCGUCGUACUGCAUUUUGGACGCGUGGCACGACGUGAUGGACAAGCACGACCCGCGCGGCCAGCAGCCGGGCCACACGAUUGUCCAAGGCCAUUUGUUUGCAUGCAAGCACUUUUCAUCGCGUGGGUUGAGCCAUCACAUUUUCGUGUUGGACGCGUCGGGGUCGAUGAAUGGCUCGCCGUGGCAUACGCUGACGGACGCCGUGCACGGGUACUUGCAGGAACAAGUGCACAAGAAGGGCGUAGACUGCGGCGACAUUGUGUCGAUUAUCACAUUUAGCUCGCGCGGUGUGAUUGUGUUUGAAGGGCAGCCCAUGGCGAAUGUAGUGAACGCGCAAAUCCCAUUUCAAGGGCAAGGCACGGACUUUGACUCGGGGUUGCGAUGCGCCGUGGAGUUGCUGUCCCGCAACCACCACGACAAGUUCUCGCCGGUGCUGCUGUUUUUUUCCGACGGGUACCCGAACACGACCAACAGCGGCGUCUACUUGGCCGACCACAUUGUCAACACGUUUGAGCGCAACAACUUGAUGACGUACUUGGUCGGGUUUGGCAACAUGAACUUUGUGUGCUUGGAGCAGUUGGCCAUUCGACUCAAGGGCGCGUUCCACCGGGCGAUUUCCGACAUUGACCUGCUCGACACGUUCAAGGCCAUCUCGGUGUCUGUGCAUUUGCGGUCGGGGCUGGUCGCCAACACUGCAUAGCGAUCAUCUCCCCCUCCGACAUCGUACUAGUAUGUUGAUUAAUUUCAUGGUAUAUAUUUCAUUUCCGCA